GACAUAAUGAUAGAGGAUGCAACUGCAACAAGUGUCCUUUUUCACAACCAUAGUGGUAUGGGGGUCUAACUGUAUGUGCAUACGCAGUGAAGCAGUUAUAAAGGCUUGGAGUGACACGUCAGUCGUUCAUUUCCACACAGAAGAUCCAAGGUCUGCUAGGAUGGCUUGCACAUCUGUUUUAAGGCUCUCCACUCUGGCUUUGCUGCUGCUGUCUGCCUGCUGUUGGGCUGACAGUGAGACAGCAGAGAGCACUGCAGAGAGGGACUUGGGAGACCUUUCUGUCUCUGAACUUCUGGAGAGAGCCAACAGGAAUCUGAUCCGUUCCGAAGAAGAUCCCAUCCUAACUGGUGGAGACAUCGCCGUUAACAGUGAGGCAGAGAAAAAUGCAGACCCUUGCACCAGCCGAGGCUGCAAGUGGGGGAAGUGGACUGAUGGGAAGGUCUACAUCCCAUAUUACAUUGCCAGUCACUUCUCUUCCCGUGAGAAGGCUAUCAUCACCCGUGGACUGGAGUCCUUUUCCUCCUUCUCCUGCAUCCGCUUCAGGCCCAGCAGAAGCAGUGACCGUGACUGGCUGAGCAUUGAAUCCAGGAAUGGCUGCUACUCCUAUGUUGGCCGUAGUGGUGGUAAACAGGUGGUGUCCCUGGCCCGCAGUGGAUGCCUUUAUCACGGCACCGUCCAGCAUGAGCUGCUCCAUGCUCUGGGAUUCAACCAUGAGCAGACCCGCUCUGACCGGGACAACCACAUCAAAGUCCUGCUGCAGAAUGUUGUGUCUGGAAUGGAGCACAACUUCAGAAAGAUUGCCACCCUCAACCAGGGCACUCCUUAUGAUUACAACUCUGUCAUGCAGUACCACAGGUAUGCCUUCUCUAAAAACAACCAGCCCACCAUGGUCCCCAUCCCUAACUCCAAUGUGUCUUUUGGCAAUGCUAAGGAGAUGAGUCGCAAUGACAUUGCCAGGCUCAACACCCUCUACAAGUGCUAGAAAGGCUGUUCAGAUGUGCUGACAGACAGGUCAACAGGAGGACUGUCUGCCUUGCGCUCACUGAACAACAGGAGCUGCAGACCUAAACUGAUCAUACAAUAAAGUUUCUUUGCUGAAA